CUUACACUCGAGACAGGAAGAAGGGGAAUAUAACAGUAUAUUUACCAGGAAAUAAGAAAGAAAAACUUGCUCUUUCACCAAUACGACUUUCGUCUAAUAGUACGAAGUACAAUCCUCGAUUUAUAUACAAAGAUGGACGACACGCUGUUUCAGCUGAAAUUCUCAGCAAAACAGUUGGAGAAGCUGGCCAAGAAGGCAGAGAAAGACUCCAAGACAGAGCAGGCUAAAGUCAAGAAGGCUCUACAACAGAAGAACGUGGAGUGUGCCAGGGUGUAUGCGGAGAAUGCCAUUCGUAAGAAGAAUGAGGGCUUGAACUGGCUGCGCAUGGCAUCUCGAGUCGACGCUGUGGCCUCCAAGGUUCAGACUGCAGUUACUAUGAAAGGGGUGACAAAGAACAUGGCUCAGGUGACCAAGGCACUGGACAAAGCACUUGGCUCUAUGGACCUGCAAAAGGUGUCUGCUGUGAUGGACAAGUUUGAAUCACAAGUGCAAAACCUGGAUGUUCACACCUCUGUGAUGGAGGACUCCAUGAGCUCAGCCACCACCCUGACUACACCCCAGGAGCAGGUGGAUGACCUCAUCGUGCAGAUAGCCGAAGAGAGCGGCCUGGAGGUGAUGGAUCAGCUGAAUCAGUUACCCGCCGGGGCUGCCUCGCUGGGGGAGGGCUCCACACGCUCCCAGGAGAAGGAAGACCUGCUGUCCCGCAGGUUGGCUGCAUUGCGGAACUGAGCGUAUCACCUCGUGAGAAGGAUGACGAGCAGCAAAAGAGUGGCACUGAAAUGGACUAUUCCCUUCAACCUGUUUGUACUUAGAGUACAGUUCAGUCGAUCCCGUCCUUGGGUCUAUUUAUAUACAUGUCAGUCUGAGUGCUGCUGAAAUUACCACACAAGAUCUUCCCCCUCCUCUCUCUCACUGAAUUCUUGUUUCUCUCUCUCUCUCUCCUCCCCAUCUGUUUGUUCUCUGCUCUCACAAUUUCAUUCUCACUUCCUCCCCUCGCAUCCUCUCAUUCCUCUUAUACCCCUCUUCCUCCAUCGAAGAGAUUUUUGGCAAGCAGUAAAAUUAUCCUGUUUCUGCAACCCAUGGGGGGGGGAUCCAAACACAGAGAUGCUUAAAAUAAUCUACUCUCCUAAUAAUAUGUAUGAUUUCAAAAAUACUGCUCAUGUGCUCCAUCUGUAUUUCAAAGCUGUAUUUCAACUUUGUUUUAUUUAUAUAUUAUGAAGUUAAUGCAAAAGACACGUAUCAGCAGGGUGUCGGUGGUGGAAGAACCAGGACAGGAAUUCUGGGUGGAGGUCACUCACCAAUGACCUCGUUCAGCUUAGAUGCGAUCAUCUUGACAGGUGCUGACACGCACACACACACUAUCCAUGGUGAAGGAACACUACGAGCUUGCGUGUGUCACUCCUCGUCCCCAACACCACACAUGUCACGCCCUCUCGAUGGGAAUCAUCGACGUCAGAAAGAGGUCAUGCUUAGUAAUGCCUAGUGUCCAUGCUGUGUUCUUAUGUAAAUCGAUGCUGUGUUCCUUUGGCUCUAGUUUAAUUCUCUUGGUUCGCUCUUCAUGCCUUUUCGAUUUCUGCUUGUUGAUUAUUAAUGCCUUACUGAGAUUUCAGGUGCUUGACUAGGCACUUUGCUUCAGUGCCUGAGUGAAGUAAUUAAUAAAUAAUUCUAAAGGCCUAACAGGAACAGGCAGACUGUAUAUCUAUGGUUACCACAGGAAUGAAUCUGAAUAAUUUACUUCUUUGGGAAUCGCUUUACUGUGUGUGUGCUGGUUAUUUAUAUCAGUAGUCACGGUUAGGUUGGUGUUUUUUUUUUCAUAUUAUAUGUUUAUAUUCAGAUAAUAAAUCCCCCUUGUGAGAGAAACGAAACUGACUUGCCAUCAACUUGCAAGAUCAGGGGUUCUUAACCUUGAUUGUCCCGUGGGUGUCCUUGGCCAUCUGGUGAAACUCUUGUGAACGUUUUCUCAGAAUAAUGUUUUUAAAUGCGUGGGGUUAAACAUGAAACCGAAAGGAAAUACAAAAUAUCACAAUAUAAAAAAGUAGUAGUAAUGAGCGUAAAUGAUAUUCCCAGAUAUCUAUCAACUGUAACAUGAUAUGAAAACAUCUUUGAUUUUUAUUGGUGACAAUGUCAUGGGUACUGCAAAUACUACUAUAUAUAUAUAUAUAUAUAUAUAUAUAUAUAUAUAUAUAUAUAUAUAUAUAUAUAUAUAUAUAUAUAUAUAUAUAUAUAUAUAUAAUUUUUUUUUUUUAGCUAAAUUCCUGAGGUUAAUGAAAGUAAUGAUGUAUAUUUUUUCCCGCCCAAGUUCAUAGACCCUCUGAAAUCUAUUCGGGGACCCCCAAAGUAAAAAAAAAAAAAAAAAAAACGUGUUUUAGAUCACGCUAUGUGGGUUGGGGACUCGAGCCAGAAGACUGUGGGUUCGAGUCUCAUAUGUGGCAGAGCUAAUCACUAAUGGGAUUUUGAGCUUUAACUGCUUGUUUGUUUGUGGCUUUGGACAAGAGUAUCUGCUGAGGAAAAUAUAAAUGUGAGAGGCUCUGUCACAAAUAUUUGCUGGAAUGGUUUCUAAAUAAAUUUUGACAGACAUUGUAAUGGAUGGAUAUGUUCAUAAUAAAUGUGACACCUUGUUGCGCUUAACGUUCUUCCUUAGAUAUGCACUUUAAGGGGGAUACCAUGUAAGCACUAGGAAAAUUGUCAUUUUCUUUUCAAAUAGCUGUACACCCGUCAUUUCUUGAAUCGGACAGGGGUGCAGCAAGGAAUUCUGGGCCUCUGGACAAAAUGCCACACUGGGUCUCCUCCAGUCCAGGCCCCGGUCAACAUAUCUGUUUCCCCAACCCUGGGUGUGACCCUGGUUUCAGAUGUAGUCUUUAUCCAUAAAGUAACAAUCACGCUUUGUUGUGUUAUGAAUUGUCAGUUCAUCAAGAUAAACUUUUAAAAAUAAAACUAUGGGCGAUA